AUGAAAACCACACGAGACAGUUUGAUCGAUGAAGCACCAUCGUCAUCGGCAUCAUCGACUGUGAGCGACACAGAAGUCUCAUUGCACAUUGUGAAUCGAACAACAACUCCAGAAGUCAUUCACCGCUCGAUAUCACACGUUUCAGGCCAUGACGCUUUUGAGCCGGCUGCCACACUCGCUGACCCAGAAGGCAGAGAGCUUUAUAGAGAAGCAGGCGACGAGAUCUAUGAUAAGGUAUCUUCAAAACGCAAGAUUGCCAUUGUGUCAGUCUUAUCAUUUGGCGCGUUCCUGUCUCCGAUCUCGAGCACAUCGGUUUUGGCAGCCACUCCUGAGGUUGCUGAAACUUACAACACGACUGGAAGCAUCAUCAACUUGAGCAAUGCAGCGUAUAUGGCGGUCAUGGCGCUGUCUCCUUUGUUCUGGGGGCCCAUGAGUCAGGUUUAUGGGAGACGUGUUUCAGCGCUAUACUCGUCAGCCAUGUUCUUCUUGCUGAGUCUGGCAACUGCUCUGGCGCCUGACCUGGCCUCGUUCAUCUUCUUCCGGGCUACCUCAGCAUUCGGCGGAACGGCUUUUAUUCUCAUCGGUCCAGCAUGCAUUGGUGACAUCUACCGGCCGACUGAACGUGGUGCAGCUAUGGGCUGGUUUCUGACAGGAACACUUAUAGGUCCUGCCUUUGGUCCGUUCCUGGGUGGUAUCAUCGUGACAUAUUCGUCCUGGAGAAGUAUCUUCUGGCUUCAAACAGGGCUGGCCGCCGCCGGAGCCUUGGGUGUGUAUUUUAUUGUCUUUGAAACAGCUCAUCACCUUAAGGUUGAUGAUCUGAAAACACUGCCGCGCAAGAAAAGAACCCUCAAGAUACUGGGCAUGAUCAGCCCGAUACGAGUACUGCGACUGUUCCGGUACUGGAACCUUGCCCUGGUGGCUACCGGCAGCGCGUCCCUGACAUGGAACAUGUACAGCCUCCUAACACCAAUUCGCUAUGUUCUGAAUCCUCGCUUUAAUCUUGAGUCGCCACUGCUGUCUGGUCUUUUCUACCUGGCGCCCGGCUUUGGUUAUCUGGCAGGGACAUUUGUAGGCGGCCACUGGGCCGACUACACAGUGAAGCGAUGGAUCAAGAAGCGUGGAGGUGUUCGCAUACCCGAAGACCGACUCCGAUCGACGUUGCCUUUCAUGGGUGCAAUCAUACCAGGAAGCAUGUUGGUAUACGGGUGGACUGUGGACCAAGAGGCCGGGGGCAUCCCAGUACCAGUCAUCGCCAUGUUUGUACAGGGCGUUGCGCAGUUGUUCUGCUUUCCCUCGUAUAACACAUAUUGUCUUGAUGUGAUGCCGGGCCAAGGAGCAGAGGUGGCUGCUACGAAUUUCUUUGCCAGAUAUCUGGUUGGAUGCCUGGCGUCAGCUGUAGUCCUACCAGCAGUCGAGGUAAUUGGUAUUGGCUGGUUCACGACUAUCUCAGCGAUGUUUCUGUUUCUCUCAGCUCUAGCGACUAUGGCUACUGUGCAAUGGGGAAAGGGCUGGAGAGAACGAACUCAGGCAAAAAUCGAGGAGUCGAAGGAGAAAGAGGUCGCAAUGGAGGAACAUAAGGAUACGGGACUACAGGUCGAAGCAAAGGCAACCAGGACUUGA